GUAUCAUCAUGUGACUGCCGGCUGGAAGCUAUAUAAAGGAAGGCUGCAGCAGACUACUUAGAGAAAAUGAGGGUGGAGACCUUGUCCUGUAGACGGGAACGGGGGAAGGAGCCCAGACGUGGCAACACAUUCUCAGGCUCCUGCAGGACCGCCAUGGCUUAUGAUGACUCCAAGAAAAAAGAAGAGUGCUUAGAGGGUGACCGAAGCAUUGACGACGUGGGGCUGGCAGCAGGUAGAACCCAGCGAGAGAAAAAACGCUCUUACAAGGAUCUGCUGCGGGAAGAGGAGGAAAUAGCAGCUCAGGUCAGAAAGACCUCAAAGAAAAGGUUGAAGGACAGUGACCUCUUCUUCUUGGGGACAGAAUCUCAUAAGAAGAAGAGGAAGCAUUCCUCUGAUGAGUUCUUCUACGGAGACCUUUCACCUUUGGAGUUGCCAUCAAAGAAGAAGAAAAAAGCAGUCUCAAGCCCAACCUCUUCUGACACAGCCAUGGAUCUUCUUAAGGCUAUCACCUCACCUCUUGCCACGGGCUCCAAGCCCUCAAAAAAGACAUCUGAAAAAUCAUCCUUCUCUUCCUUUGCUGCCACUGGCUCUUCAGAGAGCAAGAAGGAGCACCAUAAGAAGAAACUGAGUGGUAGCAGUGGAGAGCUCUCACUGGAUGAUGGCAGCUUCCACAAAUCCAAAAAGAUGAAGCCGCUCUAUGUAAACACAGAGACACUGACCCUGCGUGAGCCUGAUGGCUUGAAGAUGAAGCUCAUUCUUUCACCUAAAGAGAAGGGGGGCAGCACAGUAGAUGAGGAGUCAUUUCCAUACUCUUCACCACCAACAGCAGCAAAAAAAUCCUCCAAGAAAUCAGGUCGAGAUGAACAAGGCUCAUUCCUCCUGGGUCAUGAGCUUCAAAGCUUCCUGAAAUCAGCUCGGAAGAAGCACAAGCCACUGCCAGACCCACAUCCACCGCCAGUCCCCGAGGGAUUUGGCCCUGACACCUCCCUGUUCUCAGAAGGUCAUGGGAGUGAAUAUGACCUUUCAAGUAUGGAGCCACCCCUGGAAUCAGGUUCAUCAUCUGGUGGGGAGCUGGAGGCCGGAGAGCUGGUGAUAGAUGACUCCUACCGGGAGAUCAAGAAGAAGAAGAAGUCAAAGAAAAGCAAGAAAAAAAAGGACAAGGAGAAACACAAGGAGAAGAAGCAUUCCAAGUCUAAGAAGAGUUCUGGACUCUCUGCCUCUGUAGCAGUAGCAGAAGUUAUGGUGACACCACCGCCACCCCCUCCACCCAGCACUCCAUUUGUCCUUCCUGUGCCUCCCCCGCCACCUCCUGUUUUCCACACAGAUGGACAAAGUGAGAAGAAAAAGAAAAAAGAAGAGAAGGAGAAGGAAAAAGCUGAGAAAGCAGAAAAGGAUAAAGAAAAGCCAAAGAAGAAGAACAUGUCUGCCUACCAAGUGUUCUGUAAGGAAUAUCGAGUGACCAUUGUGGCUGAGCAUCCAGGGAUAGAUUUUGGGGAGUUGAGCAAAAAACUGGCAGAAGUAUGGAAGCAGCUGCCUGAAAAGGAUAAACUGGUUUGGAAGCAGAAAGCUCAAUAUCUGCAGCAUAAGCAGAAUAAAGCAGAGGCCACAACAGUGAAGAGGAAGGCAUCCUCAUCAGAGGGUGCCCCAAAAGUGAAAGCUUCCCCAGCAGGUAUGCUUUCACCUCAUAAGAAGUCCCCCUCCAGCACUGUGGUGUUAUCCUCCUCACCAGCCAAAGCCCCUGAUACAGAUCCCAUUGAUGUAGCUGCACAUCUACAGUUGCUGGGUGAAUCUCUGAGCCUCAUUGGACACCGGCUGCAAGAGACAGAGGGGAUGGUAGCUGUAUCAGGAAGUUUGUCAGUACUUCUAGAUUCUAUUAUCUGUGCCCUGGGCCCUUUAGCAUGCCUGACCACACAACUACCUGAGCUGAAUGGCUGCCCUAAACAAGUUCUGUCAAACACACUUGACAACAUCGCCUACAUCAUGCCUGGACUCUGACAGGAAAGGACCCUGGGACGUACCUGCUUCCACGUUACUGACUUGUGUACAUAGGCACUAUACCGGCACACUCUAAGGGCUCCGUGUGUAGGGUUUUAAAGUUUUAUAUCUGUAUAGUAUAUACAUAGGAUUGUAACUAUUUUACUUUUAUUAAUUUUAUGAAAAGUUGUGACGUAAGCUGAGC